AUGGUUUCGUUGACCGAAGUCGUUGCUCCCGUGAGCCUUUUGUCCUGGCGAACUGUCGGUGCCGUCUUGGCCGCCUGGCUUUUAUACUACUUUGUGCGUGCACUCUACAAUGUAUCCCCGCUCCAUCCCCUCAGCAAGAUUCCCGGCCCGAAGCUGGCCGGCGCAUCUUAUCUGUACGAGUUUUGGUUCGACUUUGUCAAGAAGGGCCGCUACACUCUUGAGAUUCGACGGCUGCAUGAGGUCUACGGACCAAUCGUUCGGAUCAACCCUGAUGAGAUACACUGCAACGACGUCAACUUCACUGAUGAGAUCUACUCCAUCAACGGGCGGAAACGGAACAAGCACCCGCAUCAGCAAAAGAACUUGCCAGAGGCCCAAAAUGUAGCCCACGCCAGCACCAUCGACCAUGAUCUCCACCGCAGGCGCCGCGGCGCCAUAAGCAAGUUCUUUUCGCGGGCUCAGAUAUUCAAGCUGGAGCCCAAGAUCCAGGUCUUAGCCCAGCGACUCUGCGACAAGCUUCUUGCCGAGGCUAGCAACCCCGACAGGGUAGUCCCCCUGACAGACGCGUAUAGCUGCUUCACUUCCGACGUUGUAUCGGAAUACUGCUUUGGUGAAGCGUUUGGGUUUCUUGAUAGGGAGACUUGGACACCCAACUUCCGCGAGGCGGUGUACGGACAGUUAAACCACAUAUUUAUAUUUAGGUUCUUCCCGUGGCUAAAAGCAUUUCUACUUGUAGGACCUAUGUUUAAAGAUUACCUCCCUAGGGACAUGGCAUUACUUAUUGACACAGUUGACACCGUCAUACCAAGGCAUGUAGAACAGGCUAGGGAACGAAAGCGUUUGGGUGCUGGCGAUGGCAAAACCACCAACGUCUUUGGCGAGCUUUUCGAGUCAGACCUUCCUCCCGAGGAGAAGACUACCAAGCGUCUGACUGCCGAGGGUCUUCUCACUAUAAUAGCCAGCACUGAGACAACCAGCUUCACACUCACCGUAAUCACCUUCUACCUCCUGACCAAACCCCACGUCCUGGAGAAGCUGACCCAGGAGCUUCGCACCGUGGUCACGGACCCAGAGUAUCUGCCCAGCUGGCCGACGCUGGAAGCGCUUCCGUAUUUCACCGCCGUCAUUUCCAAAGGGCUGCGCCUGGCGCCGGGCGUUGCGUCUAGGACAGCCAGGAUCGCCACUAGAGAGGAUCUGGUCUACCGCGGCAAGUGGACGCCAAAGGGGACUAGGACCGAGGUGGAAGUGGACUACUUAAUCCCCCGCAGUUAUGCGAUGGGUAUGAGCGCGAUGGUAAACCACUUCAACGAGACACACUUUCCGGAUGCGAACGAGUUUAUCCCCGAGAGGUGGAUGGUCCAGGACCGUCACCAAAGGAGACAGAUGGACAAGGCAUUCUUUUCCUUUGGCAAGGGUACUCGGAUGUGCCUUGGAAUGUCUCUGGCCCAUGCCGAGUUAUACCUGGCCCUGGCGGCCUUGGUUCUCAGGGUAGUAACUCCCCCACCCUAUAUCCGAACCACCCCCACAUCCGAACCACCAUCAUCACCACCAUCGCCACCACUAUUACCACUUAUUUUACUAUCUCUGCCGCCCACCUAUAUGCAACUUUCGGCCUCGCUAGGCAAUUCGGAUGCCCUAGAUUCAUCCGGACUAUCUAUAUUGCCGGGAUCCGGACUUUAG